AUGGCGAAGUUUAAACCGUUGGUUGUUGGCCUGCUGGAAAUACGUGUAAGUGGACGGAAAACGGAUAAUGUAGUUAAGAGAAUGGGCAUUCCUAAUUCGUUCCUCAUAGGGGCUCAAGGAUUCAGUGUAUCUUCACGUCCGAGUUUGUACGGAUACCUUAUUUCUCCGACGUAUAUUACCAUUGUGUAUGCAAGUCCUCAUAUUGCGAUUCACAAUGAGCUUUGGCCUCAAUUAGCUACGCUUGAUCCGGGCGAGGAUUGGUCGUGGGUGCUUGGGGGUGACUUUAACGCACUCCUCAGCGCGGAUGAGCGAAGUGGGGUGCAAAUGGGCGUAUCAGAGUUAGUAAAGGCUUCAGUGAUUUUUGUGUUUAAUAACAGCUUAGUCGACAUUGGAUUUAACGGUCUUCCUUUCACAUGGGCGAGAGGAUCUCUUAGACAGCAACUGGAUAGGUGCUUAGUGAAUGUGGGCUGGGCGAAUGCUUUCCCGGACUCGUUUGUUCUUCAUCUUGAUCGCCUUGGCUCUGAUCACUGGCCUAUUAUUCUUCAGACCAAGACUGUAAGUACUCAGCGACCGAAUCUUAUCUUUGGCUUCUUUCUUUCUUGGCAUGAUCAUCCUGCUUUCAAUGAUGUUUUAAGAAAGGCUUGGAAUAAUACUUUGGAUGUGCGAAUCAAUCUUCAGUCUUUGCAGCCGAUUUUGAGUAAUUGGAAUGCUAAGGAAUUUGGGAAUAUUGGCCAACAUAAGCGACAUUUGAUAGCUCGACUUAGAGGUCUUGAUCGGGUUUUGUCUAUGCGUGAUGACCCCUCGCUCCAUGAUUUGGAGAAUAGGCUCAAGAAGCAACUGGAGCAAGUGAUGGAGUAUGAAGAGAAUAUUUGGUUUAAAAAAUCUAGUAGUAAUUGGAUUUUGCAAGGCGAUCGGAAUACAUCCUAUUUUCAUGCUUGUUCUCGGUCCCGGCGCCAGAGGAAUACUAUUUAUCACUUUGGCUUGCGGAUGGAUCUUGGUGCUUAG